CUCGGCCGACGAUCGGACGUACGUCGGUAGAGUGCCACGAACGUCGUCGGGCCGUACGCCGCCCGUAAAUAAUCGGUGUGCCGUGGCGAACGGAUUUAAGACGCCGACGAGGAGUAAAGGGACGUCCUUUUAACGUUCGGGGGUAGCAGUGUGCCCGAAGAUGGUCGGCGGUGUGACAGAGGGUGGACCUCUCAUUCGACCUGUCGAGUCCGUCUCGACGGCAACGUUAGUGACGCUAUGCAUUGGUGCCGCUUUCCUGUUAUGCGUUGUUGCGAUGACCUGGUGGCUCUGCCGACGGCGUCGCGAACACACCAAGCUAAGUUCCGACAAGUCUCUGGCAUUCAGGCCGCCGCAUCGGAAGCCAACAGCAGUUAAGAGCCCCGGCAGCACGAGCCACUAUUUAAAGAAGAGUCCAUCGCCGACGGGACCGGCUAAAAGCCCGCCUGGUUCUGGUGGACAAACACCUAGCCCAACAGGAUCACAGUCUUCAAACCCUGCGUCUCAAGCCAGAACACCGCAAGGUGCAGGUACGCCAGUACAAACGCCCGUUGAAGUCGCUGUGAGUAUAGAAAACGAGCGCGACAAGGCUGAGUUGGAGAAUAAUGAGAAAGUUGAGCGCGAAAAGAGCCAAACAGUUGAAAAUGACAAGGAUAAUUUAGGUCAGCUGGUUUUUAAAUUGCGAUACCGAAGUGAACAAAACGCACUCGCAGUCACCGUAGUGAAAUGCAAAGGGCUACCAGCCAGAGGUCAACAGAACGCCACUUGUGAUCCUUACGUAAAGUUGCAAUUGUUGCCUGAUAAACAACAUCAUGUAAAAACUAGAGUCCUCAGAAAUACUAGGGAUCCAGUGUACGAUGAGGAUUUUACAUUCUUCGGUAUAUCGCAGAGUCAGCUUCAGAAAAUUAGUUUACACUUCAUCGUGCUGAGUUUCGACAGAUACUCGCGUGACGACAUCAUUGGAGAAUUGACGUGUGCUUUAUCAUCAGUGCCCGGUUUAGAGGACGCGGACAAUCAGGAAAUAUCUCUCUGUCGAAAAAUAUAUCCUAGGAGUUUAAAGAUACAGUCGCAAGGGAGAGGAGAACUGUUAGUCUCUCUUUGCUGGCAACCUGUUACUAGUCGACUGACAGUAGUAGUAUUAAAAGCACGAAACCUACCAAAAAUGGACGUAACUGGGCUCGCUGACCCAUAUGUAAAGAUUUAUCUUCUGUACAACCAGCAACGUAUCGCUAAGAAGAAAACACACGUAAAGAAACGUACGCUCAGUCCGGUAUUUAAUGAGUCCUUUGUCUUCGAUAUACCAAAUGGUGCAGAUGGACUCAACAAUGUCAGCCUUGAAUUCAUGUUAUUGGAUUGGGAUAGAGUAACGAAAAACGAGGUAAUCGGCCGGCUAGAAUUUGGUGGACCAAAAUGUCAAGGCUCCGCUGUGAACCAUUGGAAAGAAGUAUGUAGCUCACCGCGACGACAGAUAGCCGAUUGGCAUAAACUGCGGGAGUAACCGGUCUCUGGCCCUACGUAUCAGCCCAAGUUCCCAUCUCCAAUUUCUCUGGAUUCCCAUAUCCCCCUCCACUGUGAAACCAAUUUGAUCCUUGAAACCCUAUGAGGUAGGGCGUCUGUUUUGUAAAUCUAAUAGUCGAUGUAUAUUAGGCUUGAAAUGAACGAUUCCACCUGUAAUCGCUGUCAUCACAAAAAAAGAUUCUUGAAUUCAUAAAUAUUCACAAAUUCGUUAUUUACAAUUCACAACCAUGAAUGGUAAUUUAUAACAUCUUCUUAAUCUCAAGAUAAACAGAAUUUAAAUUAUUUCGCUCUGUCUUAUUACAUCAAUCUUUUAUUAUUUAUUUCUUUAUAAUUGAAUUUUUUUCCUUAAAUUAUUUUUUGAAAAUUAUUUAUUGGUGGACGAUUACUCAUAAAUCGUCGCGGAUACACGUGAUAACAUGCGAUUACGGAAUAAGCAGCUUGCAGGAUGCUUCACGGAUAUAUACAUAGAUAUUAAGAUUCUUAUCGACCAGUUGGUAAUGAGACUAUGGAAAAGACUAAGGAAUGUCGGUGUGUGCAAAGCGACCUAUCAAUUACUAGAUACAUGUAGAUGAAAAUAAAACAAAUAUUCUUAUCUCUUAGAGCGAAUUGGACGGAAUGCAUUAGUACACUGGUACGUUGGAGGCAGUCUUACAUCAGGUGAAAACAGCAUACACGCGUAAAACAUAAUUGGUUUACUAAAUAUUUUAACAAAUAAUAAUCCUUUUCUUCAAACUAAUUUGCUGGAUCACGUACGAUUGUUUAGCAAUUGCACGAAUGUCUCUGCUGAAUGCAGCUUAUGCAUGUUCAUCAAUUUUAUGUACAACCAAUUUCGCUAAUUUAGUUCAGAAAGAAGAAGAAAAAAUAUACAAAAAA